AGUGAAGCUUAAGUACCUUGCACAAAAUAAUCAUCUCACAUAUUUCUGUUGAUGGCUGAAAAAGUUUGUGUUUAAUGAAAUAUUUUUGAAUUCAUUGAUCUGGAUUUUAACGUUUAUAUUUUCUCAAAAUGCCUUUCAUGAAACAUGCAGUUAUUAUUGACAAUGGAACAGGGUACACUAAGAUGGGAUAUGCUGGCAACACAGAGCCACAGUUUAUUAUACCAUCUGCUAUUGCUGUAAAAGAAACUGCCUCUGUAGGUAAUAAGUCCAUCUCACGUUUAGGUAAAGGAGUGGAAGAUUUGGACUUCUUCAUUGGUGACGAGGCUCUAAAUGCAACUUCAUAUGCUGUAAAGUGGCCAAUUCGACAUGGUAUAGUUGAUGACUGGGAUUUGAUGGAGAGGUUCUGGGAACAGGCCAUCUUUAAAUACCUCAGAUCAGAGCCAGAAGAUCAUUAUUUCUUACUGACAGAGCCUCCUUUGAACACACCUGAGAACAGGGAAUACACGGCUGAAAUCAUGUUUGAGUCUUUCAAUGUACCAGGUCUAUAUAUAGCAGUACAGGCUGUGUUAGCAUUGGCAGCAUCUUGGACAUCAAGGCAAGUAGGGGAAAGAACUCUUACAGGAACUGUGAUAGACUCUGGUGAUGGAGUUACCCAUGUCAUUCCAGUAGCUGAGGGCUAUGUAAUUGGAAGCUGUAUAAAACAUAUCCCAAUAGCUGGUAGAGAUAUUACCUAUUUCAUACAACAAUUGUUACGAGAACGAGAGGUGGGAAUUCCUCCUGAACAGUCUCUUGAAACUGCUAAAGCUAUCAAGGAAAGAUUUAGUUAUGUAUGUCCAGACAUAGCAAAAGAGUUUGCAAAAUAUGACCAAGACCCCUCAAAGUGGAUGAAAAAAUUUGAGGGUAUGAAUUCUAUAAACAAACAAAAAUUUGCGGUAGAUGUAGGCUACGAAAGAUUCUUAGGGCCAGAAAUCUUCUUCCAUCCUGAGUUUUCAAACCCUGAUUUUACAACACCAAUAUCAGAAGUAGUUGACACUGUGAUCCAACAAAGUCCUAUAGAUGUUAGAAGAGGACUGUAUAAGAAUAUUGUGCUAUCAGGGGGUUCUACAAUGUUUAAAGAUUUUGGAAGGAAGUUGCAGAGAGAUGUAAAAAGAGUGGUUGACGGUAGAUUAAAAGUCAGUGAAGAACUUAGUGGUGGUAGAAUAAAGCCAAAACCAAUUGAUGUACAAGUAAUUACACAUCAUAUGCAACGAUAUGCUGUAUGGUUUGGAGGUUCAAUGUUAGCAUCAACACCGGAGUUUUACCAAGUGUGCCACACGAAGGCGGACUAUGACGAGCAUGGACCUAGUAUAUGUAGACAUAAUCCAGUGUUUGGUACCAUGUCAUAGAAUUAGUUGCUGACUUCAUAUAACUUGUUGAAUCAUUAGUUAUCCAGGACAAUAAAAUUCCUUAAACAACGUAAACAAAUCAUGCAAACAUGUUAUAUCUAAGACAUAGUGAUUUUAUUGUUGGUAUUUACUGUACAAGAUAUUAGACCCUCUAUCCUGUAAAAUUACAAUAUAAGUAACAUUCCCUAUACACAAACACAAAAUUGUAUGUAUCAUAAAUUCCUAUUGUUAGGUUGAUGACUGUAUGGCAUGGAAAGAAUUUCUAGGCCUGCUGUACCACAUUUUACACCACAAUCUUUGUGUAUAGGUGGAGCUUAAGCAGUUUAUAAGUAGAUGAAAUUUAAAAACAAAACUAAACGAUUCCCAAGUAUUUUCAUUUUAUAUCAUUUAAGGUAGAAUAAGAACACGAUAUACAUGUUAUGACAAGCCUAUAUUAUAAACUUUUAUUUCAUUUUUUAUGGGUAUGUACUACUUAAAUGAUUAUAAUUUAACAUAAAAAUUGUAAGAUCAAAAUUGUGUUAUUUUUUUAUUUAAAGGUUUUAUAAACUGGAAUGAUAUUAACUGUAAGCAAAAGUUUUCCAUUGUAUAUGAUCAACAAUUUGUUACUGUGCUAAUGAUAACUAUUAUAAUUAUUAUAUCCUAAGGGAAGCAUUUUUAUAUAGCUGACAGAAGUGUGAUCUUUGAAAGAGAGUAUUAAUGGUAUAUUUUAUUGAAUGAACUGAAUGAAAAGUUUGAAACCCCUUUCUUUCUUUGAUUUAUUAAGAAAUGGAUAGUUUUAGUUUUGUUCAACUGUAACCUUGGAAUUAACUUGGCAAAUGUAAACAUUUAUGUUGAUGUUCAUUAUGUACGAGGGAUAAAACCAUUUACCAUUACUGUAUUGGUAUUCUUUAUUAGCCGUUAACCUGCUAUAACCAGAAGUGAUUGGUCUUUGUCACCAGUAUAGAGCCAGGCCAGCCUGGUGUUUGUCACCAGUAUAGAGCCAGGCCAGCCUGCACAUCUGUGCUGUUGGUGACUCAGUUUUUGAUUAGAUUUUGAAAUCCCUUGUAAAUUACAAGUUCAAAGCAGGAUAAAUAUGAGAUGCAUCAUGACAAAACCAACAUAGUGCGUUUGCGACCAGCAUGGAUCCUGAUCAGACUGCGCGGAUGCGCAGGCUGGUCUGGAUCCAUGCUGGUCGCAAACCCAUUAUGUUGGUUUUGUCGUGACGCGGCUCAUAUAUUACUGAAGUUCAGCAGGUAAAUGGUGAUUAGAGUAGACUUAUCAUGUAAUCUAUCCAGCUAGCUUAAUAGGCUACUUGUUCUACAUGGGUGCUAGUUUAGAUGAUAUACGAAAAGAUGUUUACCUGAAAGCUGUUAUAAUAUUAGGUUUGAACUUGAAACAAAAGAUUGGUGCAUACCAUAACUACAUCAAUUUAUAAAGCAAUAUGUACAACUAGAAAGUAUUUACAGGGAAUAUUAGUGUUUAUAUACUUGUUUUAUUUUUCCUGCAGAUAAUGCAGUUGUUUACAUUGACCUAUGACCUAUAGUAUGUGAUUGUUUAUGAACAAAUGUUAUUUUCCAAGAUAUGAUUGUGGGCAUUGUUAUACUGACUGUACUAUAAGUAAAACAACAAUAUUUCUUACCAUGAUUUGUCUACUGAAUUCAAUUGGUAAAUAAAAUUUUCAUUUCAUAGAAAUUUUAUAUUUCUUAUGACAAUGGCAUGUUAAGAAAUUCUACACUUAGAACAAAAAACAAAACUUUGCUUUUAUACUAUUGACUGUUUUGCAUGCAUGAAAUUAUUGUAGAACAAGAUUUGAUAUUACAUAAUGUUUAUAGAACCAUUGUCUUACUGUGAUUUACAUUAUACACAUGUAUGAACACUUUUAUACUGUUGAUGGACAGUUGUGAGUGCUGAAGAAAGCUUCAAGCUUGUUUAAUGGAUAUUGUUAUAUAUUGAUAACCUUAAGACACCUUAGUUUAUUUUACACUGAUUCACGAUAUAUCAUGUGAUGAUGAUAAAAUGUUUCCAGUCUUGUUGAUAAAGAACAUAGUUAAGUUGAUAUUAAUUUAUUUGAGAAUUAAACGAUAUUUUUAAUAUUCUGCAUACACGUGAUGUCAUUUAAUUUUCUGACUAAUAUUAUUGAACACCUAUUGUUUAGUACAACAGAUAGAUGUUAUAGUGAGUUAACAUUGACAUGAUAGAGAAUUGUUCUCGAAGUUGUUUAAGAUAGUGCACAGUCAGUCGUACUGCUGAUCAGUUAUUGUAUAUAUAGCAUACAGCUUCACUUCUACACUUGCUCUAUUUUUCCUCACCCAUAGCAUAUCUUGGACA